AUGUCAAUAGUAGCAGAAGUAUAUAAGCCGCCAAAGAGGGUAAGCUUCGAUGGAGAGAUGCAGAACAAUCAUCCAAUCAACACGCCUGGCAGUUCAAGCAGAACCAACUUGAAUAGGAUAGGAACUCCUCCUCGAAUGCCAACACCAAAUAUGAGGCCUGGAUUCAACGCAAGUCGUCCAUCUUUGCCGAAUAUUAACACAAGAAUGUUGUACAUGAAGAUUGUGUCUCUUGAAACGGAGCUAUAUGAGGCUGAGGAACAAAUAGAAAGAACAAAAAGGUCAGUUCGUUCGUUACAUUAUUUGUUGAACAACCUUAUCUACAGAAGACCUGUCCCAACAAAUCUGGGGAUGAAGCAGAACCUUCCAAAAAAGCCUGCAGGAAAUUCGCAAAAUGUGGAGCCUGAUGUCAUCGUGGAUAUACCCAUGACCGAUAAGAAAGAAGAAGCAAUCAAAACUGAGGAUAAACCCAUAAAAAUGACUGGGAAGGAAAGAGCUAAGAAAGGUCGACGGCGGCUGUUUCUUACUCCUCUAAUUAUAUUACUACUGGUCUUUCCUACACUAUUACUUAUAUGGACAUUACUCUAUAGCUAUCUAAGCUAUCCGAGCUUUUUCAGAGAUCUUAGCAAGUAUUUCAAGAUAUUUUGGUAUUUACUCUUCUUUGGCAGUUGA